AUGGCAUACGACUACCUCGUCGUCGUCGACUUCCAGGUGUCGCAGACCAAACAGAUUGCGGACGCCAAUGAGCAAGAGGGCCGUCAAGUAGUUGAUGGCGUUCAGUUGUUUGUGCGGCCUACCAUGUGCGAGGACGCAGCACUGGAAUACAUCGCGAGCUCGCGGGGAGACGAUGCGGCGAGAGUCGUGCGCGAGUCAAAAGGCCUGCAGCAUGCAGUACAGGAAUUCAACGACUACUUGUACCGAAGCUUCAUGGCAACCAACAAAGAUUUCUGCCUCACUUCCUUCGGUCAAGCUCCGAUCAAGCGAUGGCUAUGGGGUAAGCAGGAGCUUGAGGCUUGUCACAGAGAUGGAGGAGGAUCGGGUUGGGGCUGGUGA